AUGACCGAGUUGCACAUGCACUCUGAUGGGAAGCGGUCUAGCUCUUCCCCAGAACAGUACAGUCCACAGCGCUACUUCAUCCCUCCGACAAUGACUAGCGAAAAGCUCGAUAAUGGCGAGCUGGGCCUCAAUUAUGUCCAGAAACCCAAACGUGGACGCCCACUGGCUGUUCUGUGUGCCGUUCUUUUUAUGACUUGUUGCUUCCUGCAAACCGCCGUGUUUGUAGCCAGUUGGUGGAAUUUGAGCAAAUCUGACUCGGAAAAGCAUCCCGCCAUAUCUGAAGCAAAUGAACGCUUUCCGAAGAUGGCUCGCUAUCAUUCGCCGGAGAAAGAUUUAUGUCUAUCUCCGGAAUGCAUUCAUGCAUCAUCGGCUUUUCUCUACAACAUGCACCCCCAUCCCGAGGCCAUCGAGCCAUGUACGAAUUUCGAUGAGCUUGUUUGCGGUGGAUUUUAUGAGAACGAUAUUCCAUCUGACGAAAGCUCCAUUUCUACACUGGCGCAAGUAGACGACCGUGUCCAAACAACUCUACGCCACAUUUUGGAAGCUCCUCCCACUGAGAGUAAUGAUGAAAAUUUCAUAAUGCUCAAGACAGCUUACGAUGCUUGUAUGAACAAAACAGCCCUUGAGGAGAUUGGGGCAGCGCCGUUACAGAAGCUAGUUGACAGAGUCAACCUCGACGGUGGAAACCAAAAUAUUUUCACCGAUACCGUCCUCGCUCUAAUUGAUAUAGGCGUCAAUUAUCCUAUUAGUUUAUACAUUGAUGCUGAUGAAACAAAUCCCGAUGCGGUUAUUAUAUAUUUAUCGUUUACCACGCCCGUUGGGUUACCGUCCCCUACAAAUUACAAUAACACGAAGAUCGUUAAUCUGUACAAAGAAGUUAUGGAACAGCUAUUUGAUCAUUUCGGGGUCUCUGACGCGGCUUCUGUCAUAGACUUCGAGAAGAAACUCGCCGAAUUACAAGCUUCCAGUGAGAAUACCUUAGAGAAAUAUCCACUCUUUGAUGCUCAGGUUCUCUUGCCACAAGUAUCCCUCCAGCGAAUCAUCUCUGCCAAGGCACCUAAGGGAUAUAAAGCUAAGCAAAUUGGGGUUUUGGGGGUGGAUACUGUGAAAGCACUAUCCAAGCUCCUCGCUAAGACUUCAAAUCCCGUCCUCGAAUCGUUCCUGAAAUGGAAGGUGAUCCAAAGGUAUUCUAGUGAUAUUGAAGAUCCGAUUAUCUCUCUUUACCGCCGAUUCAACAGAAUUCUUGCUGGCCGAGACCCUGACUCUUUCACAGAGCGAUGGGAGAUGUGCAUUCCCACCGUAAAUUCUGGCCUAGGCUGGAUCCUAAGCAAGGUUUUUAUUGAAAAAGCGUUUUCCGAGGAAUCAAAGAAAUUUGGCGACCAAAUUAUUUUGAACAUCAAGGAUGUAUUCGUGGAGACUCUUAAAGAUACCAUGUGGCUAUCUGAGAAGGUCAGAAAUGUGGCAAUCAAAAAAGUUGAAAAUAUUGUUCAGAAAAUCGGCUAUUCGACCAAAAGUCCAGAUGUCCGCAGCGCAGAAGCAUUGAAAGAGUGGUAUAGAGGUCUCACGAUCACGAGCGCAUUUUUCCAGAAUCGGGUCAAUGUCCAAAAGUUCCUCUCCAACAGAGAAUGGGCCAAGCUGGGGAAGCCAACUGAUCGGGAUGAAUGGCUAAUGACCAUGACAACUGUUAAUGCAUACUACGAUCCACCAGGCAACGAGAUCGUUUUCCCCGCUGGUAUUAUGCAAAACCCACUAUUCUAUAAUCCAUCAGUACCUAAAUACCUUACUUAUGGUGCUUUUGGUGCGGUGGGAGGCCACGAGCUUACGCAUGCUUUCGACGAUAAAGGCAGAAACUUUAACGAGUAUGGAAAUAAAACAAAUUGGUGGGACGAGAAGACAGAGAAAGAAUUUGCAAAUCGUGCUGAAUGCUUCAUCAAGCAAUAUUCCAAUUUCACCGUUCCCGGCCCAAACGGGAAGGCAUUGCAUGUCAAGGGCGAAAAGACCCUGGGUGAAAACAUUGCGGAUGCAGGGGGCUUGAAAGCCGCCUACCGUGCAUGGAAAAAACGCGAGGCUGUCUCCCCUUCCCCUUCCCUCCCAGGGCUUGGCAAUUACACAAAUGAGCAACUCUUUUUCUUGUCCUUUGGCACGUUCUGGUGUGCGAAGUCGACGCCGGAGCGGACAGCAAUUCGGAUAGAGACGGAUGAACAUUCGCCCCCAUCUGCUAGGAUAUUGGGAACCGUGGCGAAUUCUCCCCAUUUCAGAGCCGCGUUCAACUGCCCGGUUAAGGAGCCGACGUGCAACCUAUGGUAA